AUGCCCCUACCCGCCGAGCCGCCGCAGCGCAAGAUGUUCCACUGCAUCGUCGACGACACGGCCCUGAUAGCCGGCGUCAAGAAGAGCACCCGCGACGGCAUUCGCAAGUGGGUCUCGCAGGGUGCUAUCCGCCUCUACGUCCCCCUCCACACACUCACUCAGCUCCACCGCCUGACACGCGGCACGGAGCGCAUCAAUGCCGACGCCCGCGAGGCCGUCAAGUGGCUGGACGAGGUCACGUCGUUGCCCGCCGCCGAAGAAGCGGAUCGCGUCCAACUCGAGGGCGUCGACGAAGCCUACACCAAGUGGGAGCAUGUGGAGCACUUUUUACUGCCAGAGACCCUCCUCUCUAUGGAAGACAGCGAUUCAGAGGGAGACGACUAUCAUGAAGACCUGGAGAGUUCUUUCAAUGCGCUCGACAUGUCCGAUGGAACCUCGAUGAGCUCAACACACAGCUACGAAGACGCGCCCAAGACUCCAGGCUCGCCACGCUCGUGCAUGAGCAAGAGCCUAAACUCGGCCGAGGCAGCCGUUGGCGACGAUAAGAUGGCUGUUCUCACAGCCAACUCACCUGACCAGACCGCCCGCACCAGCACCGAGGUCGACCACACCAAUCAAUCGACAAAAGGUGCUGUGCCAGUCUACCUCCGUCCUCUCUUCAACCACAUACUGUGGCGCAUCAACAAAGAGAACAAUCCCGACGCAGCCCUCGAGUCCUUCAUUCUUCUCACCAAUGACCCCAUCAAACAGAUGAUCGCACAAAAAUUCGGCGUGCGAGCCAAGCGCCUCGAGCAGUUGCGCGACGCUGUUGUCCGCGAGGAUCGCGAAUACAAAAACCACAUCACCAUGCACAAGCUCGAGGUUGAGUCCAAUGCGACCAAGGAGAUUACGUCAUCUAUGCCCAAGGCGACAGAGCGGCCGAAGUCGAGCCCAGGAACCAAGUCAAAGCCUCAGGAGAACUCUGACGACGAGGACAUUGUACUCUUUUCCCGCGCCCCGCGUGGUCCAGCCGCCAACACCGCAGCCAGCAAGCAGCGCGUCUUUGACCCCAACGACUUCGCCCGCACCAACCCACACAACUCGUCACGUGGCGGUCGCGGAGGCGCGCACAUGCCGCCUCGAGGCCGUGGCGGUCCCCCAGCCUCUAGAGGACGCGGUACCUUUGCCCCACGCGGCGCCUACGUUGCCCCAGGACCAACCUUUCGUGCCCCACCCGCCCCUCGCCACGACCCCAACCAACCCCUCGACCCAGAUUCUUUCGCGCGUCCAGUCCCUAAGGUGAGCCCCGUACGCGGCGGCGGGAGGAGAAAACUCUGGGAACCGAAUUAG